CCUAAUCCUUUCUUGAGUACUUUUCCAAAUCCAAUUCUCGAACUUAUCCCAGAGAAGCUUCCAUGCGGCAACCAUGCAGCAUUUUGCUCCUUGUGUCGUCUUGUCCAGGCUGUGCAGUGGCGUUGCGAUGUGAACUGCCUGAGCUCAAUGUCUCGGAGAGAAACCACAAUGUCUUCAAGGAGCAAUACUUGGGAAAAGCAGCGGUCGUCCUACGAGGCUGGGCUAGGGGCUGGCGAGGAGUGAAGCGCAUUUUCGCACGGCAACAGCUUUUUGCCCAUCAUGGAACCAAGAGCGUUCGGCCGAGUGACAUGCACCGAGGUUGUGCUCUUGCUCUCGGUGCACGAAGAAAGAGGACAUCGGUCCUACAUGCAGCCACAGCUGCUGGUGGUGGUUGCUGCUACUUGCAGCCACACCACUCGGUCUCAUCAGCUUGCCGCGCAUAUUUGCGACUCCCAAGUGUGCUGGAAUCUGUUACGCUGCAUGGGCCGAGUGUCAGCAUUGGCGGACAAGGCUCCACAGCAGUCUUUCACAGGCACGAAGAAGCAUGGAUGGCCCAGAUCUAUGGGAAGAAGUUGUGGCUAAUUGGAGGGGCUGAUGGAGCUCUUCCAGAUCGAGAUGAGCCUUGCAACUUCCGAAAGAGAGCGAGUGAAGCAGGGAGCAGAACAAGUAGGAAUGAGAAAGAAAGACAAACAGAGGUGCCAAGAAAGACCAAGGGAGAUGCUAAAUUCGGUGCCAAAGGUGCUUCAUUUCGAUGUAUCACCGGCCCAUCAGACAUUUUGUAUUUGCCUGAUGGAUGGUCUCAUGCUACAUGUGGUCUCAGCAACUUCAAUGUGGGGAUUGGCUUCAUAGGCUCCGUGGCUUUCCUUCCUGCAAUGCACCGAGCUGCGGUGCGUGGGAACUUGGAGAUGGCCAAGAGAGCCCUGAAAGACGAUAAAAGUGGAGGACUUGCAAUGACUCUGCAACCUGCGGGUGGCGGCAUGUUGAACGAAGCUGGUUUGAUACCUUUCCACUGGGCAGCCUGGAAUGGUCAUUUGGCGCUUUCAAAACUGCUGUUGCAAGAAGAACUCCGCAUGCGUUUGGCCAUUGCCGCUGCGACCAGACCAAGCUGGAGCGGCGAAGAUGAAUUCAACCAACACUGGGAGCAUUCACAGGAACAUCAGGACGUGCAUAAUUCCAUAGCACACGCAUUGAGAUGGGCAGCUGCUCGUGGGCAUCGCUCUGUGACGGCAUUCUUGGCAAAUCAAGUUGGUCCGGAGGCAAGGGACGAACAAGGUGCAACUCCUUUGCACUGGGCAGCUACAACUGGGCAUGUUGAAGUAUUGAAGCAUUUGCUUCGGAUGAAGGCUGACCCGAAUGUUGCGGAUCACUUCGGAGCACGACCUUUGCAUUUCCUGGCGGGUGAAGGUCAUUUGGCAGCGGUGACUUUGCUGACAGUGCAUCGAGCUGACAUAAACGCGGUGGAUGAGCAGGGUGUGACGCCGGCGCAUGCUGCUGCCCAGUUUGGGCAUCUUCAGUUGCUUGAGCUUCUGGCGCACAAAGGUGCUAGACUCGAUGCUUCAUCAUUUCGCUGACUGCCAAGGUGUCGGGCUGGACAUGUUGCUGUGUGCACAUGGCUCCAGCGGACAAAAAAAAGUGAAAGUGAUCUGGUGGUGGGACUGCUGCGAGACUCAUGGGAUUUGCUUGGAAUCAGACCCUUCCGUGAAAAGGAUCUUGAAGUAUUUUUGGGCUCAGUCAAAUUCAGGUUGCA